AUGGCUUCUCCCCCCGGUGGGGAGGGCACUAGUGCACAGACACAAAUAAAUAGUAGUGAAAAAGCUGUUGAAACAAUGGAUGGUGACUUCGGGGAUAUUAGCACGGAUAAAACACAAACCAAAAAAUGUUUUAAUACAUUUACGGAUAAGUACAACCUCAGUUGCAUUUAUGUUAUGAUAGAAAAUACUUCAAAAGAAAAUUUUGGUCGUGUUCAUCCUCUGAGAGUAGGACACAUAUUACAUAAAAAACUAAUGAUACAAAAUAUUAUUGAAGUUAAGGCCGUGGGAAAAAAUAGAGUUAGGGUACAACUUAAAUCUCUUAAAGAUGCUAAUCUAUUAAUCAAUAAUGUAGCUUUGGAAAAAGAAAAUCUUAGAGCUUUUAUUCCUAACCACUUAUUAGAAACUAAAGGGUUAAUCAGAGGGGUUGAUACGUUUUUUGAAGAAAGCUACAUCUUACAAAAUAUAAAUUCUAGUAGUAAAGUUACAGAAAUUAAGAGAUUCACUAAAAAAGUUUAUAAAGAAGAUUCGUCAUUUAUCGUGAAAAAACAAACUGUUCUUAUUACAUUUGAAGGUAACAUUUUACCGGCAGAAGUGUCUAUAGAUACAGUUUUUUUUCCUGUAGAAAUGUAUUAUGGAAAAGUGACACAAUGCUUCAAAUGUUUAAGCUACGGUCAUAUUUCUAAGCAAUGUAAGUCUAAUAAACAUCUAUGUGUUUCAUGUGGAAAAGAUAAAAAUGAGGAUACUGAACAUUCUUGCACUGCGGUGGAUAUACAUUGUGUACACUGUAAAACAGGCACACACAAAUCAUAUUCUAAAAAUUGCCCAUUUUUUGAAAAACAAAAAAGUCUAAAAAAAAUAAUGAUUGAUAACAAAAUAACUUUUAAAGAAGCCGAAGCUCUUUACAAAAAUUCCUACUCAGGAAUAAUAGUAAAUAAUAGGUUUAGCCUAUUAAAUGAUCCCAUAAGUUAUGAUAAUCAAUUUCCAUCCCUACCCGUAAAUCGAUUAGGUAACAAUGCGUCAAAUAAAAAACCCCCUGCACAGAGAUUUACAGCCAUAUCUCAACCUUUACCUAGCACUAGUAACAAUAAUCAUAAUUUUAAAAAAAGAAAACAAAAUUUUUCCCCAUCUCCUCAAGCACAACCGAUGUUUCCAUUUGUGUUUGGCUCCUCAACCCCCCUCACUCCUAUGGGAAACAAUAAAGAAACGUCUGAUGAAUUUACUGAAAUAGGUACACUACUUAUUAAUACUUUAACUGAGUAUUUUGUUAAUCUUGUUAAGAAUUGUAACUCCUUGGAUGAUAUCAGAAAGAUAAAUUUUGAAAAUAUAAAAAGUAAAUUAAGCGAUAUCAUAAGUGAAAGAAAACCGCCGUUGAAUUGGAAAGAUUAUCUGAGAAACGAUGAAAAUAAGACAGAGCUUUAUGCUUUCCUUUCGGCUGAGCUCUUGUCCCUUCUGCAAGACAUUCGUAUUAUUACCAAUGUGGGUUCAGAAAUUAAGUCUUCUGUUUCCUUGGGCUCUUUUCUCCGUGACAUCUCUCUUCAAGGCUUGGAGGAGGCCGAUGGAAGAAUUAUUCUCCAUGCAAUGGACAUUGCGUGUGGUAGUGCUCGACGAAUUGUUAUCCGCAGUAGUGACACGGACGUACUUGUGCUGGCGGUUUCCUUUAUUCGUGAACUUCACAAAAAAAAAGGAUUGAAGGAACUGUGGGUCUUAUUCGGAGUGGGCAAGGAUCGUCGCUACGUGGCUGCACACGAUGUAGCAUCUACCCUAGGAGAGAAAAAGGCUACGACUCUCCGCUUCUUUUACUGUCUGACUGGUGUAACCUUGCCUACAAUUCCGGAAGAAACUCAAGAGGAUGUGGACGGUGAUCUGCAGGGACAAGUUUAA